AUGACUCGAGCGUUCCUCCUCCUCGUCGCGCUAUCCGCGUUAUUAGCAGUUGCGGCUGGCGUCGCUGCCGCAACUAACCCCCCCCGCUCAGGCAAGAUCGCUCUGCGUGGCGGCGACGGCAGCGUGACCAGCGGGACCACAACACCUGGCGGGCGCGGCGGCAGCGGCGAUUCCCACACCGUUUCGCACGGCGACUCGCACGGCGAUUCGCGGCACGGAGGGAUUCUUGGCGGCGGGAGUGACGAGGAGAGGGAGGACGACGACGGAGGCCACGGCGGGCAUGGCGGCCGGGGGCAUGACAGCGACGAGGACGACUCUUCUACUGAUGACGACCAUAACAGCGAGCACGAGGGCGAAGCUAACAGCGAUGAUGAUAGCGACGACGACAGCGAGCAUGGCGGUGGUGGCAGCAGCCAUGGCGGCGGGCUGUGCGGGCGGGGCGGGUGCAGCAACGAGUCAGGCGAGGUGGGGUACUGGAAGCUGCCCGACUAUGGCCGCUGCUCCAUCGGCACCGCCAGCAGCGGUGGUGCGCCGAGGAAGGCAGAUGAGGCGUGGUAUCUCUUGACUCUCACGACCGCCACAGCAGCGAGCAGCGAGGCAAGUGCGUCCUCCUGCCGGCCGUGGACGCGCUCACGCCCGAGAAGGCCCGUAAGGGGCGGUGCGGCACCAACACGGGCGGCGACACGGUGCGCGUGGGGCGGCGGUGUGCCAGACCGCUCCUUCUGCCUCUACACCGACCGCCAAGUGCACGUCAACAUGGCCAUGCGCGGCUACCUCGACCACCGCCCCCUCCCGCCCUCUGCUGGUAACCGUAGCAUGCUGGCUGCGGCUCGUUUUGUCAACGGCUCGGCCGUUCGCACGUGGAUCCGACAGCUGGCGAUCAUGUGGCACGACGGCGAGAGCAGCAACAGCAACAGCACAAGUGCUCACUCACUCGUGCUGAUGGCACGGGAUGGCAAGGAGCAGACUCGCGGCGCUCAAGGCUUCCUUGCAUCCGCCACUCUUGACAACAAGCCUCUCCCACGCCUGACUCUUGGCGAGAGCCAUGUUCUCUCGAACGCGCAGCUGAUUCUGUCCUUUGUGGGCCAGGAGAAGACCGGCCCGUUCGACGUGGACGUGUACACCCUCCGCCUGGAAAAUCUCCUGGAGCUCGAGCUGAAGCUGCGCGCGGCGCACCCUCUGUUGCAAACACCUGAGGACGCGCAGGUGCACAUCAACCUGAUGUUUGUGGACUCGAAUCCGAGCAGGCAGGUGCACGGGGUGAUGGGGCAGACGUACCGCAGCGGCAGGGAGCAGCGCACCAUGGAGUAUUCGAGGCUUGCUGCUCUGCUGCACCACCCUGUGUCGGUGGAUGGGGAGGAGGGCAAGGGGUUUCUGGAUGGGCAGGUGGGGGAUUAUGAGAUGUCGGGAGUGACUGCCACUGACUGCAGAUUCACUGCUUUCAAUGGCGGCCAGCUGCCUCUGCUGGCAGAGGAAUGA